AUGAUCCGAGAAAGCGAUGGAAGUUCUCCAAAUCCCAACGCUGACCCGUGCGCCCACCGCUCCGGAGGCCGCCGACAGGGGGCGCUAGAGCGCGGGGCGGUGGCACAGUGCACACGUUGCCCCGCCCGCCGCCGGCUCUCCACCAAUCAGCUUGCUUCCGGCGCACGAGCACUACAAGAUGUGCAGAUUAGAUUCCAGCCUCUCCAUAGUCCUGACAUGGGUGCAUCUGUGCCUUCCCAUGGCUCUCACGAAGAAUUUGCCUUUCCAGAUCACAUAGCUGAUCUAGGCACAGAAGGGCUGGGAUCUGAAAAAGGAUCUGUGCACGGCUCUCAACCAGACUUGCGCCGUAUCGCUGAUCUGCCUGUACCAGCAGACUUCCUGUCACUCUCAAAUGAUGCCAAGCCUAAACUGAUGACUCCAGAUGCAUUCAUGACACCAAGUACAUCUCUCCAACAGAUCACUGUAUCUCCGGGCAGCAGUGUCAGUUCCCUGACUGCAGUCACAGCCAUGAGCAGCACUUCUGUCACAGAUGCCUCUAUGUCCAGGCCAUCAGAAGACUUGACUGUGAGCCCCAAGAUGCAGCUGGACACCAGCCUCACACUCAGCAGCAGUAGCAGCAGCCUCCAAACCAGUCCUAGGAGCCAUUCCGUUCUUAUCCCAGGCCUUCCUGACAAGCUGACACCAAAGGCACCUGUUCCAGUCACACCAGGGAACUCCUCUCUAGCGCUGGAGCUGCAGGAAGUGGAGCCCUUGGUGGUGCCUCAGGCUUCUCCCACCCGUGAGCGUUCGCCGGAUGUCAUUUCCUCUGCUUCCACAGCCAUGUCCCAGGAUAUCCCUGAGAUUGCUUCUGAGACCUUGCAGCGGAGCUUUGCAGCUGCUCCGUCCGCACUCUCUGCAGAAGUGCUGGAGCCCAGUCAUCACGCAGACAGUAUGGCCUCUGCAGCCUCAGCCUUGCAUUUGCUGUCUCCGAGGAACCGGCACAAUUCAGAGCACAGCCACCACUCUUUGGACAUGCCUCCAGUGGAGGUGGACAGACUGAAUGCUCCAUCGUUACUGGAGACUGCUUUAACUCAGGAAAAUGCAUCUUCGGACAGUGUUGUGAGUCAGCCAUGGCCAGCAGCUCCUGACAUAACCAGAGAAACCAGGAACAGCAUGGCAGACAGCCCAAGGGAUGAGGUUGAAGAAAAACACAAGAGCUCUUCCUAUCAUCGACACAGCUACCACCUUCUGCAGCAUGACAGCCAGGAUGCUAGUGCAGAACAAAGUGACCACGAUGAUGAAGUUGCAAGUUUGGCUUCUACAUCAGGUGGAUUUGGUGCCAAAACAUCUACGCAGAGGCUGCCUGUGAAGGACUGGAAAGCCAAGGCAUCCCCUCGGGCUUCCCCAAAGCUAAAGCGGAAGGGCAAGAAAGAUGACGGGGAUGUGAACCAGUCGCCAAGAUCAUCUAACAACCAGGUGACACCGGAGUUCCAGGAAGAGCUGAUGUGUGUGUUGAGGAGCCAACAGCGUGAGCUCUCUGAGCUGCGUCAGAACCAGAUGGAGCUGUUGCAGAGGCUCACAGAUCACCUUGAUGCCAUUCAGAGCUCGCUGAUGGGCCACAUGGAGAGGGUGAUCGACUCCCAGCAGGAGCAGGAGCAGAGAAGACUGGAUCGAGCACUGACGGAAGGACAGCAGCGCAACGGGCAGCUCCAGGAGCAUCUCUCUCAGCAGCUCUCUCAGACCCUUUCCAAUGCUGUGUGCAACCGUCUGGAGAGGACUGUUCGUGAGGAGAUGAAGAAGACAGUACCCCAGUGCAUUUCCAAGAGUGUGGACCCAGUUGCUGGCCAGCUAAGUAACACUAUUGCCACCAAGCUCACUGCUGUUGAGGGGACACUGAAGGAGAACAUUACCAAGCUAGUGAAAUCAAAGAACCUUACAGACAGCAUUGUGAGGGCAACGGCCGACACCCUGCAGGGCCCAAUCCAGUCGGCCUACAGGGAAGCCUUCCAGAGCGUCGUGUUGCCAGCCUUUGAGAAGAGCUGCCAGUCCAUGUUCCAGCAAAUCAAUGACACCUUCAAGCAGGGCACGCAGGAAUACGUUCAGCAGCUCGAGACUCACAUGAAGAACAAGAAGGCACGAGAACAGGAGGCCCGGGACCCACUGCUGAAUCAGCUUCGACAGCUCAUCAGCACCUUCCAGAGCACCACCGAGCAGCUGGCUUCCACCAUCGCAGCCAAUAUCCAUGCUGAGGUGCAGCACCAGCUGCACAUUAUUGUGGGCAACCUGCAGGAGUCUAUUUUGACCCAGGUGCAGAGAGUCAUUAAAGGAGAAGUGAGCCUGGCAAUGAAGGAGCAGCAAGCAGCUGUCACCUCGAGCAUCGUUCAGGCAAUGCGUUCGGCUGCAGGGACUCCCAUCCCCUCCACUCACCUGGACUUCCAGUCUCAGCAAACUCACAUCCUUCAGCUGCUCCAGCAGGGCCAUCUCAACCAAGCUUUCCAGCAGGCUCUAACAGCAGCUGAUCUCAACCUGGUUCUGUAUGUCUGUGAGACUGUGGACACGCAGCAAGUGUUUGGCCAGCAGCCGUGCCCGCUGUCCCAGCCUGUGCUGCUCUCACUCAUUCAGCAGCUCUCCUCGGAUUUGGGUACUCGUACGGAACUGAAGCUGAAUUACCUGGAGGAGGCCGUGAUGCACCUGGACCACAGUGACCCCAUCACCCGGGACCAUAUGGGGUCAGUCAUGAGCCAGGUGCGGCAGAAGCUUUUCCAGUUCCUCCAGGUGGAACCUCACAACACGCUGAGCAAGCCUGCACGCCGCCUGAUGAUCAUGCUGCAGGGCCUGGUCACUCCUGGCAUGACCUAAGGGGGGGCUACUGGGUGCUUCGGGGAGCCCCCUCCCCUGGCUCCCGUAGUUCCUAAUCACCUAUGGCUUGUGUUAAAAAGCUCUUGCCAGGAAAUCUAUCAACUCGUGUGUAAUAUCUCUAAGGCAAACGCCACCUGCGUGUAGUCCCAAAUAGUCACUGAACGCUCA